GAAAACAGAAGGAGGAACAGCCAGUGGACGAGGUGUUAGAAGAGCUGCGGGCCAAGCUCAAGUGGACCCAAGGGGAGCUGGAAGCCCAGAGAGAGGCUGAGAGACAGCGGCAGCUCCAGAAACUAAAGGAGCUGCAGUCCCACAGUAUGAUGGGGUCCAACCUCGGGUCGCUGCGAGAUGAGGAGUCUGAGGAGCGCCUCAGGCAGGCACUGGAGCUCCGGGACCUGAGAGAGAAGAUGGAAAUUCAGAAAGCAGAAUGGAAGAGAAAAGUGAAGGAACUGCACGAAGAGCACUCAGCUCAGAAAAGAGAGCUGCAGGAGGAGAACGAAAGGCUCCAGGCUUCCCUGUCUCAAGACCAGAGGACAGCAGCUGCCCAGUCCCAGCGCCAGAUCCAUGCCCUCCACACCCAGCUGCAGGAACAAGCCAGGCUCAUCGCCUCCCAGGAGGAGAUGAUCCAGACCAUGUCCCUCAGGAAGGUGGAGGGGAUCCGUGAGGGCCCCAAGGCUGUGGACACAGAAGAGGAUUCUUCCGAGGAAGAGCUGGAGGACUCACAAGUUAGACAGCAGAAGGUGCUGGAAGCUCUGAGGCGAAACCCCACCUUGCUGAAGCAGUUCAGGCCAGUCCUGGAGGACACCCUGAAAGAGAAACUGGAAAGCAUGGGGAUAAAGAGAGAUGUAAAGGGAAUCCCUGUGCAGACUCUCAGACACCUGGAGUCCCUCCUGAGAACUCAGAGGGAGCGGAAGGCAGGGAGGUUUUCUGAAUUUCUGAGCCUGAGGAAAAAGCUCAUCAAGGAAGCCACCAGCAGAGUGAAGGAGAAACAGAGAAAUGGGGCCACGGUGUCCCAGCCAGAUAGCAAGGCUCCAGCCAAAAGCCAGCAGAACCCUUUGGUCACCAAAGAGGUCCAGGCAAAGGCCAGGACCCUGCAUGUGGCAUCGCCAUCCAAGCUGGCAGAGCCACCUGUGACAACUCUUCAGCGCCACGGCAGCCAUGGCCCUGGUCUGGCCCAGGUGCCCAUCCCUACUCCACACCUCACAGCGCAUGGACCCUCCGGCACCUCUGCUUCCCCAGGGCCUGGGCUAAGCAGUACGCCCCCAUUCAGUUCUGAAGAGGACUCAGAGGGAGUUUCUGGGCAGCGUGCAUCUCUCCAGCCCUCACAAGUUCCUUCCAGGAUGGGGCCCGGGCCUGAGGACUGGUCUGAUACUGAGACCUCGGAGGCAAGCACCCCGUCCUCUGGCAAGGGCUCAGGUGGGCUGGCUUCCUCAGGAACAUUGGUUCAGUCAAUGGUCAGAAAUCUCGAGAAGCAGCUGGAGGUUCCUGCGAAGAAGCCUGCUGGAGGGGUCAGUCUGUUCUUAACACCCAAUGCCGGGCCACAGAGGGCGGCCGCAACAGGAAGGAAGCCUCAGCUUUCCGAUGAUGACAGUGACUUGGAGGUCUCUUCCUUGGAAGAUCUCCCCCAGAACCUGGACCAGAAAGAGAAACCGAAGCCCUUGUCUCGCUUGAAGCUCCCAGAGAAGUUUGGCGCCAGUGCUUGGAGCCCUGGCCAACCCAGGGUCCCUGGCUGGUGAUCCCACGCCAGAGCCUGGCUGGCUGGAGGACCAGUUUUAUCACCAGGCUUGGGCCAGCUGAGGUCCCACCCCAACAGAAGAGGCUGCUGGGCCCCUUGUCUUUUCAAUAACCAAGAGGCCUUCUCCCUUGGAGAGAAGUGGAACAGAAGAUGGAUUUGACUCCUCUCCUCCAGCCUGGGAGGGUGGGAGGGACCCUCCCCCAGAGUGUUACGGAGGCCUGGCUGGGUGACCCUGGGGCUUAAGAAAGGGCUAUAACAGGACCUCUGAGCAGUUUCCUUUCUCCACCUCCAUGUUCACACCCGACUGGAAGGAGCCACUUGGUCUCUAUUCUCAAGCGUUUGUAAACCUGCAGGAAUACUGUGGAGAUGUGUCUUAGAUGGGGUCCUUUUGGGGACAUGUGUCUCAGUCAUUCAAUGAUUGAUCCAAAGUCAUUUACUAGGUACCUGUUCUGUGCCAGGUCCUCCACUGCUGAACUGGGGUGCAGGCAGAGGUGGGUGAGGCAGAAAGUGUGGGGUAAUAAUCUAGUGACAGAGAUUAGGGUGUCAUGGGAGCAGAGGGGGGCCACCCCAUGCAGCCUGGGGUGAUCUUGGAGACCUUCCCAUAGUUGAUAUCUGGCAGGGCUUGCUCAUGGGUGGGAACAAGGAGGGACCCUUGAUUGGGGUCUCAUAUCCCCAAAAGACCACAAAUUUAAUUUUUGAUAUUAUUUCCAAAAUUAGGUUAAAUGUAACCACUGUAUUUUUUUAAAUGUGAAAAGCAUUAAUUUAUUAUAUGUAAAC